GACUUCACUGUUCCGCCCGGGUUUCCUUUAUGAUCGCGGGAUCUCCCGUAUCUUACAGCAAACUUCACCUGACCGCUGGUGUAGCCGUACACUCAGCCUCGCGCUCUCUCUCUCUCACUCGCUCUCCCCAACACGACGCACUCAGCACCGAGCACUCCAGUCACUUGGAAGUUGGCGGUGCGAGGAGUCUGACAUUUACGCGCGGGGAUAUCUACUUAAAAAAAAAAGAAGAAGUGCACUUGUUUUGCGGGGAUAGUUGCCAUAUCCACCGUAGCUGCCUACCUACUUCAGUUCUUUAGCGCCUUCUGCGUCGCGAGCCCGUCCUUCACAGCAGCCAUGUCCGAGGUUCUGCCGUACGGAGAGGGGAAAAUGAACGGAUACGGAGCGGACAACGAUGUCAGUCAGAUGUCCUUCAGCUGCGGGUUGCAGGACACCAACUCGUUCUUCGGUGCGUCGCAAGGGAAACGACCUCCAAAACUUGGACAGAUCGGCAGAGCGAAGAGAGUGGUCAUCGAGGACGACCGAAUAGAUGAGGUGCUGAAAGGCAUGACCGACAAAUCAUCACCAGGCGUUUAAACCCGCGCGAUGCCUUGCAGACAUUUCAAUUUUUUAUCACCGAUUUGA